AUGAAAAGUUAUACAAAAUUACAAUGUUUUUUAACUGUGUUAUUAUUAUGUUUUGUGAAUUCGGGAUACAAUGUAGAAAUACUAGUAUCAUAUGAAGGUAAUAUUUGCCGGACCGGUGAUGGAGAAACUUCCAACUACAUUUGUAAGAAUUCGGAAAAUUGUUCAGUUCCAAUCGAAGAAAUUAAGAAAAAUAUUUAUCCAAUAUGCUCUUUCAACGGAAAAACUCCAAUAGUUUGUUGUCUGCCAGAAAAAAUAUUUCAAACUACUACCACAACGAUUAAACCUGCAAGCAUAAGUCCAGUUUUGAAAACAUAUUCUGCCACGGAAAAGUGUAGAGAGUAUUCACAAUUAAUUUAUUUUAAAAGAAAAAUCCCAAUAUUAACAUCAAAUGAGGAAGAUUACAUCAACAUAACUGAUUGCUAUGAUGCCAAUCCUUUAAUUAGCGGCGGGGAAAUGGCUGUUCCAAAGGAAUUUCCUCACAUGGUAUUGUUGGGUUAUGGUGACAACCCAGGCAAUGAAUCAUGGUUUUGUGGAGGAUCACUGAUAAGUAAUAGAUAUGUACUAACAGCAGCCCACUGUGAAAAAAUCAAUACUAUGAAACCGUCAUAUGUGAAAUGGGCUCGCUUAGGUGAACUAGACUAUAACUCAGAAACUGCAGACUAUAAACCCACAGACUAUAAAAUAGUAGAACGCAUAAUACACCCAAAUUACAAAUCAACUUCUCUGUACAAUGAUAUAGCAUUGUUACGUUUAGAAAGAGAUGUAAAUUUCUCAGCAUAUGUACGACCUAUUUGCCUAAAUACAGAUAUAUUAACACCUUCAGCAGUAAUGGCUACUGGUUGGGGAAAAACUGCUUCAGAUAAAGGCGUUAGCGCACAUUUAUUAAAAGUACGGUUAAACACUAUUUCGACGAAAGAGUGCAAUAAUAUUUUCUUAUACAUGUCAAACAAAAAUAAUAAAUUAGCAAAAGGAAUAGAUGAAAACUCAAUGUUGUGUACUGGAAAAACAGAAGGUCAAAAUGACACUUGUGGUGGUGAUUCAGGUGGGCCAAUUCAAAUAAAACACAAUAGUUACAAAUGUAUGUAUUCACAAAUAGGAAUAACAUCAUUUGGACAAAUGUGUGGGAAUGAAGAUUCGUCUUCUGCUUUUACACGAGUAUCGAAUUAUAUUUCAUGGAUUGAAGAGAUCGUCUGGCCAAAAAUGUAA